AUGGGCAGUACAACUACUCCAACAUGUCUCCACAUGGGCCUUGCUUGGACUCACACGGAUACAACACCGGUCCCCACCCAAUGGCGCACCCUGAACAUCAAGGCCAAGGGCACGAGGGGAUCCAACUCAGCAACAAGCCUGAUCAGGGCAUGCGAGCCCUUGGGGAUUGGGGAAUCGGAUCUCUGGGCCUUGCUCAAGCUCCAAUUGACCCUGCCCCCUACCCCAGCCGUUUCAUCUUGCCUGAGCCAAGCUGGGCCGCACCAAACGCAGGAUAUACCUGAAUGGGUCCACCACCCUCCCCAUACGCCCCGCAUCCCAGUCCUGGUAUGCCUGGAGCCAACCCCGGCAUAA